CUGUGUUUUGCUGUAAAUAGAAUCGAAAAGGGCAAAGGAAUAAUCAAUCAAUCUGCUCAAGAGAGAGAGAGAGAAUUGGCCGGUGAAACUGUCAAAAAGACAGAUGAUUUGGUCUCUCACCUAACUUACUCCACCGAUCCUCUUUCGCUCUAAUCCUCUUUCUAUCUUGUGGAGACCACACCACAUCACACCACAAUCAAUCUAAUUUCUUCUUCUUUCUUCUUCUUCUUCUUCUCUUCUUUUUGUCUUUGUCUCUCGAAUUUUUGCUGUUUCUCAUUUCUCUAUCUCCACCACAUAAUUCGGAAAGAAAAACCCUAGCUUUGUCCGCAUCUCAUUGAUUUUGCAACACCUUAAAAAUCUGGGUUUUGUUUUUGGUGAUCAUUCGAUUUCGUAGUUGAACAACAGAGGAAAAGCCAGGCCGGAGAGAAAAUCAAAUGGCUUCUGGCGGCGGCGGAGAGGCGGAGAGAUCGGUGGAAAUCGGAUCGGAGUCGAAACGGGAAAGCAAAUUAGGCGGAGUAGGGAGCAGGAGCGCGGGGCAAGGACAAUACGUGAGGGCGGAUACGCUGGAUUUCAGUAAAUGGGAUUUGCAUAUGGGUCAAAGCUCAAGUGUCGCCAUGUCCUCCGGCUCCACUAAAGCUCCGGCUCCGGCGCCGCCGAUGCAGGAAUGGGAGAUUGACCUCUCAAAGCUCGACAUGAAGCACGUCCUCGCCCACGGUACUUAUGGCACUGUAUACCGCGGUGUCUACGCCGGCCAACAAGUCGCAGUGAAAGUGUUAGAUUGGGGAGAAGAUGGUUACGCCACAGCAGCUGAAACUACGUCUCUGCGUGCUUCCUUCGAGCAAGAGGUCGCCGUCUGGCAGAAGCUCGAUCAUCCAAACGUUACAAAGUUUAUAGGAGCAUCCAUGGGAACCUCUGAUCUGAAGAUCCCUCCUGCUGGUGAUUCAGGCGGGCGUGGCAACGGUGCACAUCCUGCGAGGGCUUGUUGUGUUGUGGUUGAAUAUGUUGCAGGAGGCACCCUCAAGAAGUUCCUCAUCAGGAAGUAUCGGAGCAAACUACCCAUCAAGGAUGUCAUUCAACUCGCGUUAGAUCUCGCAAGAGGGCUGAGUUACCUUCACUCCAAGGCGAUUGUACAUCGGGACGUGAAGACAGAGAACAUGUUGUUAGAAACUAAUAAGACGCUGAAGAUUGCUGAUUUCGGAGUAGCUAGGGUCGAAGCUCAGAACCCUCAAGACAUGACGGGUGAAACUGGAACUCUUGGAUACAUGGCACCAGAGGUUCUUGAAGGAAAAGCUUACAACCGGAAAUGCGAUGUCUAUAGCUUUGGUGUAUGCCUCUGGGAAAUAUACUGCUGCGACAUGCCCUACGCUGACUGUAGUUUUGCUGAGAUCUCUCACGCCGUUGUUCAUAAGAAUCUGAGACCGGAGAUUCCGAAAUGCUGCCCACAAUCGGUGGCAAACAUCAUGAAGAGAUGCUGGGACCCGAAUCCUGACAGGCGUCCGGAGAUGGAGGAGGUUGUGAAGCUACUUGAAGCGGUGGACACAAGCAAAGGCGGUGGAAUGAUAGCUCCAGACCAGUUUCAGGGCUGCCUCUGUUUCUGCAGACCUCGUGGCCCCUGAUCUCUCACCCUUUUCUCCGUCUCUGAUAUUCUUGAGAGCUGCGUGAUUCUUGGAUUUUGUAAUCUUUUUUUGAGACUUUGGAGUUAGAUUGGUGUGGUUUUUUUCAUAAGGAUCUCUCCCUCUCUCUCUCUCUGCUCACUAUGUAUUUAUACUAGUACACAGUCGUGUGUAAAUUGAUAAAGCUUGAUUCUUUUGUUUUGUGGGU